UAUCUUUCUGAAUAUUUUUCAUUCCCCAAAAUUUUUUCCCCCUCCUCAUCUCUUCUCCCGCGCUCCUCCAUCUUCCCUCUCCCUCCCUCCCACCUCCGGCCGAAAGCCACCCAUCGGGAACCAUCAAAACCCAACCUCCGAGCACCGGUGACCACGUCACCCAACCUCCGGCGACCUCAGAUCUGGUUUUCACCCAAAAAUUCAUCCCUCCAUCUCCAUCUUCCCUCUCCCCCUUCCCAACGCCGCCCAUCGCCGACCUAACCUCCAUCUUCCCUCUCUCUCCCUCUCAGGCUCGUCUUUUUCCUUGAUGGUGAUCUAGGGUUUUGAGGCUUUUGGUUUUGGUGUGACCCAGAGAGAGUAAUUGAUGGCAAUGGAGGAGAGAGAAGAGGGAGGGAAGGUAAGGACUUUGAUAGAGAAGGCGACUUACUCCACGGCUCCGGAGGUGGACCCUCGCCUCCUCAAGGCUAUCAAAUCGGUUGUCCGCGAUUCAGAUCCGGAGCUCUGACUCGCCGCCCAGACCCUUAUGGACCUUAUGAAGAGCGAUCACUCUCAGGAAUGGAUGAUUGACAAUGUUGUCCCAAUGGCAACUGGUUAUGGGCUUGCGAAGGAGUAUGAAUAUUUGAAGAGCUCAAUUAGGGAAUUUUUAACAGGGAAGGAAUUGGAGAAGCUUGCUUUGUGCUCAAAGGCAAUUAAAUUCUUGGAGAAGUGGAACUCUUCCUUUGGGAUUCAUUAUAGGCAGCUCAGAUUAUUGUUGGAUUGCCAAUGUAGAAGAAUUUUUUUGCCCCCUUUAUGUCCUGGAAAUCUGAUUAGAAUGUUUCUAGCAACCAAUGAAAUUUUGAUAUAUUUAGUAUUGCACAUUUCAUGUAUUAUUUUGAUAUAAUAAUAAUUCAUGUACGGGCCUUACCAAA